AAUUCCGAGCUAUUUUAAUGUUGACAUAUUUUGUAUGCACUAUUGAAUACUCAUUGCUUGCCCCCACCCCACCCCCAACUGUAAAUGUUAUUUAUGAAUUCCAAUCGCUUACGGGCGUGUGAAUGUUUUUUUUCUAAAUGGACGACUGGAUGAAUUGCUUGUAGGCGAUGUAUUUUUCAAAGAGAGAUACUAUCUUUAGAUAUUUGGCACGCUGAUCAUAUUACAUUUUAUGUUCCAGAUAUUGGAAUCGACGAAUGGUCUGUUACAUGUUAUGCUUUUUAAUGGGUCAAUACAUCGGAGACCCAUAGCCGAACACUAGCGCGGCUGACUAGUCGGGAGCUGCACAGGCUACAAAUUGGGUUUAUCCUUCAUGAGCAGUAUUUAACCCGUGUGUGCAAGGCCUAAGGUCCGGUGGGCUUCUUGGUCAAGGGACGUCCCAGGGAUUACGGAUAGCGUGGACUGUUCAAGAAACCCAGAGUGGCUUCAUCAGGCAGGUCAGCCCUGAACAGCAGGCACCUUGAGGCUUCACGCUUUCCCCAGGUGAGCUGACUACAGUGAUGAACAUGCCCCAGUGAGACAGGGCAGGGCAACCUGGCCCAGAGGAGUACUGGAGGUGCCAGAAUAGCUCAGCUACUCUCAAUCAGACGGACGAACAGACAGAGGGCCACCCCUCCCCCUAACCCUCCACCUCACCCACCUCCCCUACUCCUCGCAACCAUGCCAUGGUCACACUGAUCGUCGAGCGUCUGCGGGAACAUAUUUUGGACGGCAACACUCACAAAACGGCCCUCAACGUGUCUCUGCUGGACCCCAACAACCUAGGAAUUUGCUGGCCUACAGAUGGAUUGAUGCCUGAGAGCAGUUAUUGGCAGUUCAGCCCUCCCUCCAAGCCUGGCCUGCAGGGUGUGCUGAGCUCCAGUUUCCCCCCCGGCCCUGUCCCUUUGGUUUCCCCCGAAACCCACCUCCCAGAGGGGGAAGCCCUGCACCGGCCCCUGGUCCCAAGCACCUCAGUAACGGACCUGUCUUUUCCCGGUGCACCCCCUCCCCCCCCGCCACCCCCCAAACGGCACUGUCGCUCACUGUCCGUGCCAGAGGACCUUUCACGCUGCCGUUACACCUGGCGGCCCAGCGCGUCGAGGGUCUGGACACCUGUGAAUCGCCAAUGCCACAGUGGAGGGGGAGCGGGGGGGCCUUGUCCGCUUCGUGCUCCUAGCUCGUCUCUAAACUCCUCUCUACACUCCUCUUCAAGCCCCACAUUCUUUAGCCUUGCUCUCUCCCCUGACUCCCCAUUGCCCUGGAAUUUCCCAUGGGACCCAAGUGACACUGCUGGAGGAGGCGCCUGCUGCUGUUUCUUCCCCUCUCCGUCAUCCUGCUCAUCCUCUCCCUCCCCGCUCCACCCUCCCCCUCCUCCGCAGCGACGCUUCUCGCUGUCCCCUGUCCUUAUCAGAGAAGCUGCUGCUCAGUUCCUGCCACCGCCUCCAGUUCCACCCCAACGUGCAGCACCCCCUCCAGUUGUGCCUGCUUCGCCCUCCUCUGCCUGCAGCACCCCGUCCUCUCUUCGCCGAGCCAUCCCCCCUCAGCUCCCACGCUGCCACUCCCAGCCCUGCGACCUGCUUCUUCUCAAACCGGGCCUGAAGCGACGGCGUGACCCAGACAGACCAUUUGCCCGGCCAGUACUGGAUUUCACCAAGAUGACUCAGACUCGCAGUACCGACCCCUUGAGUUGUAUGGAGCGUGGGAGGCUGGCUUCUGGGGGGGACGUUUGCAUGGGCCUUGAGCCUUUUUGGGGGGAUUUCAGAGGGUCAUGUUCACCAGCAGAGGGGCUGGGAAGGACGAGCAUUGGACCUCUAAGCGAGAGUGAUGAGGAGGGUGAAGAGGGGGAGGAAGAGGAGGACCCUGAUCGAGAAGAGUGUCAGCCGAGUGUCUUUGAGAGGGAUUGUACAGAACUAGAUUUGAGCCUAAUUGAAGAAAAUUAAAAUCUUGUUAAUUGGAGACUGUUUUUCCCCUCUAGCCCCAGCAUUCAACACUCCACCCCAGCCCUGCUCCGCUUUCAUCAGCAGGGCUCUCAGGAACACGACUUCUCUCUCAUGGGAUGAGCUUGGGUGUAUAUAUAUAUAAUCUCAUUGACAACAGUCAUGAAUUGCCUACUACCAAUACGAACAAUUCAUGCAGGUAGCCAUGGAUGCGGUCUUUCCAUCAGAGUACAUUCCAGAACCAGUUGCUGAAACAUUCUUGUGAAUAAUCUGAAUGCUGGAGAUGCCAGCUAUUCCCGUAGUGUGUGUUGAAUGGCUUCUUAAUGCGCCCUCAAACAGACUAGGAUGGAAUGUUAGAAGACUAACAACCUUCUGGUCACUUGCUUUCUUUUACAUGACUUUCCUCUCGAUUGUCUUUUUCGGUACAGUAGUAAGAAUAGACUUUCUUGAAUGAUGGUGAUGAAUUGAAUAUCUGUGUUUUGUUAAGUUUGAUGCAGAAGGGCAGUGUGUCAUUGCAGUUUUAUUCCUGCGGUCCUUAUAUUUCCUGGUAAACAAUCCACAUGAUUCAGCAUAAGCCUUAAGAACAACUUUUUUUCUGUAAACAAAAAAAAAAUACUACUAUGAAAAUGAAAUGAAUUGUGUAGCAGUUGAUAUUAGUCCUUUUGUUAUUUAUUUUCUGCUGUUUUCUUAAUAUUUCUUAUCUCUAGGACUCGUCCUCUGAAUAUAGAGAUGUAUAGACAUUGAUAAUGAAUGCACUGUGUUUGACAAGUUAAA